AUGCUCGCUUAUUUCCGUGUUCCGACCUGCACAAGGGCAAACUCUUCUAGUGUCGCAGGCAUGGCUCGACUGCUGCUCAGAGGAGCUGUGAGAGGAUAUUUCACCUCGCCGCUCCGGAUGGGAUCCGAUCAGCUGGGUGAGCUGGGCGGAGGAGCGGGGAAAGGCGGAGGAGCGGGCGGCUCGGUGAGGGAAGCUGGAGGAGCCUUCGGGAAGAAGCAGGCCGCGGAGGAGGAGCGCUACUUCAAGCAGAAGGAGAAGGAGCAGCUGAUGGCUCUGAAGAAUCAUCACGAAGAAGAGAUCGACCAUCAUAAGAAGGAGAUCGAGCGUCUGCAGAGAGAGAUCGACAGACACAAGGGCAAGAUCCGGAAGCUGAAGCACGACGACUGAAGCUCCACCAUCAUCAUCAUCAUCACGUCUUGUGCCUGAGACCGUCUCUCUGUAACCGCCGUCAUUCGCAUGAUUCCAUACUUCAGGAAUAAACCAAUGUUGAAUAAACCGUUUGAAAUGAUUUCAAUCUGUUGCUGGCAUGAAAAAUAAAGCACUCUUGAGUUUAUCUGAAGCACA